AUGCUUGAUAACUUGCAACCGCAGAAUGGGUUGAAAGAGUUGAAAAUCAAUGGAUACAAGGGUACAAUAUUUCCAGAUUGGUUGGGGAACUGUUCCUACCAAAACAUGACAAGUGUAUCUCUAAAGUCUUGCAAGAAUUGCUGCAUGUUGCCUUCACUUGGACAGCUGCCAUCUCUAAAGUCCCUAAGCAUUGAAGGUUUGGAUCAGCUGAGGAGUAUUGAUGAGGAGUUUUACAAGAAUGAAGGAGAUCAUCAUUCUUCGCAUAUUGCACCGUUUCCCUCACUGGAGACUUUGGUAUUUCAUAACAUGGCAUGUUGGGAGGUGUGGCACGUAUCUGAGUCGGAAACAUUUCCUCAACUUAGGGAGCUUGAAAUAAGAAAUUGCCCAAUGUUGAAGGAAGAGAUGCUUAAUCAGGUAUUCUUCAGAAUCGUUUCUUCCUUGUCGGAUGUUUCCAAAGUUCGCAAACUACAUAUAGGCGACGACUUAGAUGAGCACACCGAGGCCAUGUAUCUUGAUGGGGACAGUUUAUCAGUUACGGGAUGUGAAUCUGUGAGGGAGUCUGCAUUAAAGGCAAUGAAGAGCAUGAACCAUCUAAGUUGCCUGCAAGAAAUAGACAUCUCAGGGUGUUCCUCUCAUGUAUCCUUUCCGGGCAAUUGUUUUCCCAAAUCUUUGCAAAAGCUGAAACUCUGCAAGUGUAGUAAACUAGAAUUCCCGGAGCAACAGCAGCACAAGUAUGAUUUGGUAGAGCUAAAAAUAGAAGAGAGUUGUGAUUCACUGACCUCCUUGUCGUUGGAUGUCUUUCCCAAUCUCAAGAAUUUGAAGAUAAUAAAGUGUAGGAAUCUGGAAUCAGUGUCAAUGACAGAGGCACCACACGCUGCUCUUCAACGUCUCAUAAUCCAUGGGUGCGACAAAUUAGUGUCAUUAGCAGGAGAAGGACUGGCUGCACCUAACUUGACUCAUCUUCAAGUCACAUGGUGCUCAAAGUUGGAGGCAUUAUCACGUGACAUGAAUAGUCUACUCCCAAGUCUACAGUCUCUCCAUAUAUAUGGUUGCUCAGACAUGUGGAGGUUAGCAGAGGGUGAUUUGCCGCCUAACUUGAAAGAGCUUCAUGUGGGAAUUAGCGAGCAACAAAUGAGGGAUCUAUCAUGGAUGCCCAACUUCCACGCCCUCACUCAUCUCACAAUUUCAGGUUAUUACUGCGACAACCUAAAGUCAUACCCAGAGGUGGGUUCGCUGCCUCACCUUCCCUCCCUUACCACUCUUCAGAUAAUAAGGUUCAAGAAUCUGGAGACAUUGGAGUGCAACGAGCUUCUCCGCCUCACCUCCCUUCAACAAUUAUACAUUUAUAACUGUUCAAAGCUGGAGAAUAUGGAAGGAGAAAAGCUGCCUCCCUCUCUCUUGCUACUUGAACUUAGAAGGUGUGAGAUUUCUGAGCAGGUAGCUUCUACCGAGGUUGCAGAAUAUGGCAGGAGAAAAGCUUCCUUUUUCUGUUACUAUUUCAAAUUCAACACUGUCCUUUGCCCGGCAAAUGCUACAAGAAGAAGAGUUGCAGCUAAAUUCUUUCUGAAGGGGCAUCGAGAAAUAGAUAACUGCUAUGGUCGAGGAUCUACUUUCUUUCUGGGUUCAACCAUUAAAAUGUGCAUUAGGCAGCUUCUGUGGCAACUGCAACUUGGUGAGCAUGUUUAG